AUGCACAUCAAAUCUAUUAUCUUAGAAGGGUUCAAGUCCUACGCGCAGAGGACAGAAAUCAACGGAUUUGAUCCGCUCUUCAACGCUAUCACUGGACUCAACGGAAGUGGAAAAUCCAACAUUCUCGACUCGAUAUGCUUUCUAUUGGGGAUAUCCAACUUGUCUCAGGUAAUAUGCUAGCUACUUAUUCAUUCAUUCGCAGUGAAGUUGCAGUUUUUAUCCAGUGAGCUAAAUACAUUUCCUUGAAGUUAGCUUGUUGAGUUAGCUAGCUAGCUAACGUUAACUUGAUACCACGUUCAAUGAGGGUCACAGUAACGUUAGUAGAGAAGCUAGCUAGCUGUACUUCCAUCUGAUCUUAACUUAUCUUUCAGGUGCGAGCGGCCAAUCUCCAGGAUUUGGUGUACAAGAACGGUCAGGCCGGUAUCACCAAAGCCACGGUGUCCAUAACAUUCGACAACUCCAACAAGAGCCAGAGUCCGCUUGGGUUCGAGACCCACGACGAAAUCACGGUCACUAGACAGGUACGUUGUUCUCCCCCCCCCUAGCCUCUAUCCCUGUUUGUGGAAAGAGUCAUGUUCCUGAAUAAAAACGUGUGCCCUGCACCAGCUGGUCCAAGCCAGGGGAUACUACUAGCUAACUACAACUUCUGUCGAGUGGUCUGAUUGAACCUCUUAUGUGGUAGCUACUGCGUUAGGUUAGGUCUGGUUUGAAAAUAAUCGUUGGUUCAAGUCCCAGCUCUGACUGUUCCCCUUCCCAAAUCACUACACUAACUGUCCACUGACUUGAUUUCUCAGAUGUAUCCUGUAUUGUCACUAGCCACUCAAACUAGUAAUGCUUUUCACUAUGAUGACGUCUCAUGCUGUCUCCUGUUUUUUUUUCUCUCACCUUAAUCACUACACUGGUGUUGACUGCUUAUUACAGGAUGAUGAUCCAUUCAAACGGGUGCCUUUACUAUAAUAAUAUAUCUUACUUUGCCGUAGCCUCUUGUUCUACUCACAGGUGGUGAGUAGCUAUUAUUAGCCGAUAGCCAUUCAAAGCGAUGCCAUUUACUGUAGAGGAUGCUCUUAAAGUGUUACUAUGGUGAUUUACUGUGAUGGAGUGGAGUGUCACUUUGCCGUAUCCUUCAAUCCCAGGUGGUGAUAGGUGGUAGGAACAAGUACCUGAUCAACGGGGUGAAUGCCAACAACACCAGGGUGCAGGAUCUGUUCUGCUCUGUAGGACUCAACGUCAACAACCCCCACUUCCUCAUCAUGCAGGUAGGUGUUUGAACACCGGAAGUACCUGAGUUGUUGUGUUCAUUAGCCGCACACCGUAGCAAAUCGUUUUUUGCGACGAACAAGAGUUUCUAUUGGACAAAUUCUGGUUCCGUUUGGUUUCUAGAGAAUACGCCCCUGAAUGUUGUUCCACUUGUUGAUAAGGAGCUUCUGCUUAUAGGUCUAAGGGGAAUCGAACUGUGGUACCACAAGUUUUAUAAAUGACUUGAAUAUUUAUUUUAUAUAUUUAUAAAUUUCUCUUUACAAUAUUUCAGGGGAGAAUCACCAAGGUUCUGAACAUGAAACCGCCUGAGGUAAGUCUACACACACACACACACACACACACACACUGUUGAAUCAUGAAGUCUUGUAGCUUCUUGAAGCUUCCGUAGAGACACACUCCACUCCACACACACCUCCUGGAGAAAGACGGACACACAAACAUUCCUUUACCCUCCUCUAUAAAUCUCUAACCCUCCUCUCUCCUCCAUAAAUCUCCUCUCUACUCCUCCUCUCUCCUCCAUAAAUCUCCUCUCUACUCCUCCUCUCUCCUCCAUAGAUCCUAGCCAUGAUAGAGGAGGCAGCAGGAACCAGGAUGUAUGAGUGUAAAAAGAUUAGCGCCCAGAAAACCAUCGAGAAGAAAGAAGCCAAACUCAAAGAGAUACAGACGGUGCGGCCUGUGAUAACUUAGCUCGGUGUUUCCUGGUCCUGGGGACCCAAAGGGGUGCACGGUUUUGUGUUUUUCUCUAGCAAACUAGGUUCAACUAAUCACACCUUCAGUUGAAUCUAGUGUGUUAGUGCUAGGACACAAAAAUAUAUGCACCUCUUGGGGUCCCCAGGAUUAGGAAAUGGACAUAGCUCUUACUAUCAAAAAUGGUGCCUUGGAUAUUGGUCGGAUUGGACUAAUUUUGUGUUUGGUUGUGUUGUGUUCAGAUCCUUAAUGAAGAGAUCACUCCUACCAUGCAGAAGCUGAAGGAGGUAGGAACUCACAUUUUUAAGAUAUGUUUUGUAGAAUAGGGGAUCAUCAUGUCAGCUCAAUACAAGACAUUUCUAUCUGGUUCGGCGAUGUUGAGAUCCUUGUCCCCUCAUCAUGAGUGUGACCCUGGAAUAAGCCCCCUCGCCUCCACCAAGUAGACAUUCCUUUUUUCCUCACUGUCCCUCCAUCUAUCCCACGUGGCUCAGUUGGUAGAGCAUGGCACUUGUAACGCCAGGGUUGUGGGUUCGAAUCCCACGGGGGAUCAGUACGAAUGAAAAUGUUUGCACUCAUUACUGUAAGUGGCUCUGGAUAAGAGCGUCUGCUAAAUGACUAAAUGUAAAUGUAUCCCCUACAUAACCAUCUUCUAUUCUCCCUCCCUCCCUCCCUCCCUCCAUCUCUCCCUCCAUCCCUCCAUCCUCUGUAGGAGCGGUCUUCCUACCUGGAGUACCAGAAGUUGAUGAGAGAGAUAGAACACCUGAGUCGUCUGUACGUGGCCUGGUUGUUUGUCUGUGCAGAGGAGUCCAAGGUACUCACUCACUCUCUCACACACUCACACUCACACUCACACUCACACACACUCACUCUCACACUCACUCUCACACUCACUCACUCUCACACACACUCACUCUCACACACACUCACUCUCACACACACUCACUCUCACACACACUCACUCUCACACUCACACACUCACUCUCACACUCACUCACUCACUCUCACUGAAGGUCCUGUGUUGAAUAUGACCUCAUGUUUUAUAUGGUGUGUUCUCAUGUCAUGUUGCUCUGCUGUCUUCUCUUGUCAUGUUGCUCUGCUGUCUUCUCUUGUCAUGUUGCUCUGCUGUCUUCUCUUGUCAUGUUGCUCUGCUGUCUUCUCUUGUCAUGUUGCUCUGCUGUCUUCUCUUGUCACGUUGCUCUGCUGUCUUCUCUUGUCACGUUGCUCUGCUGUCUUCUCUUGUCACGUUGCUCUGCUGUCUUCUCUUGUCACGUUGCUCUGCUGUCUUCUCUUGUCACGUUGCUCUGGUGUCUUCUCUUGUCACGUUGCUCUGCUGUCUUCUCUUGUCAUGUUGCUCUGGUGUCUUCUCUUGUCAUGUUGCUCUGGUGUCUUCUCUUGUCAUGUUGCUCUGCUGUCUUCUCUUGUCAUGUUGCUCUGCUGUCUUCUCUUGUCAUGUUGCUCUGCUGUCUUCUCUUGUCACGUUGCUCUGCUGUCUUCUCUUGUCACGUUGCUCUGCUGUCUUCUCUUGUCACGUUGCUCUGCUGUCUUCUCUUGUCACGUUGCUCUGCUGUCUUCUCUUGUCACGUUGCUCUGCUGUCUUCUCUUGUCAUGUUGCUCUGGGGUCUCCUUGUAUGCCCAGCAAUGUCCGUUGGGGAUGAAUAACAAAGUGAAUUGAAUGUAAUUAAAUAUAAUGGAAUGUGAUUGAAUUCACUGUAAUUGGAUUUGCAGGUGAAGUUUUAAUGGAAUUGUUGUUAAUAAAGUUUUCUUGAUUUUAAAUCGCAGGUGAAGUCAGCGGAGGACCUGAAGGUAAUGCAGGACUCCAUCACUCAGCUGCAGGCCAACAUGGCGGACAACGAACACAAGGUCCAGGAGCUCUCCGCUCAGAUACAGGAACUGCAGAAGAAGAGGGACCAAGUAAUGACAUGCUAUAUUCAAUUCAAUACAACUUUAUUAAUCCACUCUGGCAGCGUUGGAGCAGAAACAUGUUGCAGAUAACAUAGCACAUUGAUGGGCACCACUUCUCUAAUGUGAAUGAAGAGUAAUGGCAGUUCUAUGUGAUACAUUUCUAUCUGCAACUGUUCAAUCUCAUUGGAUGGACUGUUAUAUUUCUAACAUUUAGCUUAGAGGUUAUUACAUAUGACUAUGUUCUGUGUGCCCUGCCGUCUGUGUGCCCUGACGUCUAUGUGUGUCUCUCCUGUCCCAUAGGAGGUUGGUGGAGUGCUGAAGGGUUUAGAGGAGACUCUGUCUGAGGUCCAGAGGGUUGAUGCUAAAGCCCAGAGUGCCGUGGACAUGAAGAAACAGAACCUGAAAGACGAAACCAAGAAGAGGAAGGAACUGGUGAAGACCAUGGAGGAGGUGAGAGGGUGUAUGGGGUGGAGAGAGGGUGUAGGGGUGGAGAGAGGGUGUAGGGGUGGUGAGAGGGUGUAGGGGGUGGUGAGAGGGUGUAGGGUGGUGAGAGGGGGUAGGGGUGGUGAGAGGGGUAGGGGUGGGAGAGGAGGGUGGAGAUAGGGUGUAGGGGUGGAGAGAGGGUGUAGGGGUGGAGAGAGGGUGUAGGGGUGGAGAGAGGGAGAGAUGGAGAAAAGCUGACAGUCUGAAAUAUGAAGAUAAUAGGUUGUUACAACUACAACCACUUUCCCCUUUUCUCUCUCUCAAUUCAAUUCAAUUUAAGGCCUUUAUUGGCAGGGAAACAUAUGUUUACAUGGCCAAAAUAAGUUAAAUAGAUAAUCUCUCGGUCUCUCUCACUCUCUGUCUGUCUGUGUUUCCCCCCCAGGAUAAGAAGAUGCUAGUGGUUAAGGAAGGAGAGGUAUCUAAGGCAUCAGAGAAGCUGUCUGCCCUACAGGAGGAAGGUCAGAAGGAUAGCGCCGCCCUAGAGGCCGCACAGUGUCACUUCAAGGCUGUGUCCGCAGGGCUGUCCACCAAUGAGGACGGAGAAGAGGCCACGCUCGCUGGACAGAUGAUGACCUGCAAGAACGACAUGAGUAAAGCUGACACUGAGGCCAAACAGGUGAGCGUCGCGAGAGUCGAUUGAUUGAUUUGUAAUAAGACAUAUUUGAAACAGAGAACUGAUUGAUUUGUAAUAAGACAUAUUUGAAACAGAGAGUUGAUUGAUUUGUAAUAAGACAUAUUUGAAACAGAGAAUUGAUUGAUUUGUAAUAAGACAUAUUUGAAACAGAGAAUUGAUUGAUUUGUAAUAAGACAUAUUUGAAACAGAGAAUUGAUUGAUUUGUAAUAAGACAUAUUUGAAACAGAGAAUUGAUUGAUUUGUAAUAAGACAUAUAUGAAACAGAGUUGAUUGAUUUGUAAUAAGACAUAUUUGAAACAGAAUUGAUUGAUUUGUAAUAAGACAUAUUUGAAACAGAGAAUUGAUUGAUUUGUAAUAAGACAUUUGAAACAGAGAAUUGAUUGAUUUGUAAUAAGACAUAUUUGAAACAGAGAAUUGAUUGAUUUGUAAUAAGACAUAUUUGAAACAGUUGAUUGAUUUGUAAGAACGAUCUGAGUAAAGCUGACACAGGCCCAACAGGUGACCUCUGACCUCUAUCUGACCUACGACCUUCAAAGAAUGUAAACUGAAUGAGGAGGAUGGCCUCAAUACAAGUGUUUCCUGCUGUGCUGGAUGAGUAUCUCUAAGACUUAACUCUCUUUCUGUUGGUUGUUCUCCUCAGGCUCAGAUGAAGCUGAAACAUGCCCAGCAGGAGCUGAAGGCCAAGCAGACAGAGGUGAAGAAGAUGGACUCUGGUUACCAGAAAGACCAGGAGGCCUUCAACACCGUCAAGAAGAACAAGGAGAAACUAGAGGCUGAUAUGGGGAAACUACAGUACCAAGGUAGAGGAGGAGGAGGAGGGAGAAACUAGAGGCUGAUAUGGGGAAACUACAGUACCAAGGUAGAGGAGGAGGAGGAGGGAGAAACUAGAGGCUGAUAUGGGGAAACUACAGUACCAAGGUAGAGGAGGAGGGGGGAGAAACUAGAGGCUGAUAUGGGGAAACUACAGUACCAAGGUAGAGGAGGAGGAGGAGGGAGAAACUAGAGGCUGAUAUGGGGAAACUACAGUACCAAGGUAGAGGAGGAGGAGGGGGGAGAAACUAGAGGCUGAUAUGGGGAAACUACAGUACCAAGGUAGAGGAGGAGGAGGGAGAAACUAGAGGCUGAUAUGGGGAAACUACAGUACCAAGGUAGAGGAGGAGGAGGAGGGAGAAACUAGAGGCUGAUAUGGGGAAACUACAGUACCAAGGUAGAGGAGGAGGAGGAGGAGAAACUAGAGGCUGAUAUGGGGAAACUACAGUACCAAGGUAGAGGAGGAGGAGGAGGGAGAAACUAGAGGCUGAUAUGGGGAAACUACAGUACCAAGGUAGAGGAGGAGGGGGGAGAAACUAGAGGCUGAUAUGGGGAAACUACAGUACCAAGGUAGAGGAGGAGGAGGGAGAAACUAGAGGCUGAUAUGGGGAAACUACAGUACCAAGGUAGAGGAGGAGGAGGAGAGAAACUAGAGGCUGAUAUGGGGAAACUACAGUACCAAGGUAGAGGAGGGAGAAACUAGAGGCUGAUAUGGGGAAACUACAGUACCAAGGUAGAGGAGGAGGAGGGAGAAACUAGAGGCUGAUAUGGGGAAACUACAGUACCAAGGUAGAGGAGGAGGAGGAGGGAAAACUAGAGGCUGAUAUGGGAAACUACAGUACCAAGGUAGAGGAGGAGGGGGGAGAAACUAGAGGCUGAUAUGGGGAAACUACAGUACCAAGGUAGAGGAGGGAGAAACUAGAGGCUGAUAUGGGGAAACUACAGUACCAAGGUAGAGGAGGAGGAGGGAGAAACUAGAGGCUGAUAUGGGGAAACUACAGUACCAAGGUAGAGGAGGAGGAGGAGGAGGAGAAACUAGAGGCUGAUAUGGGGAAACUACAGUACCAAGGUAGAGGAGGAGGAGGGGGAGAAACUAGAGGCUGAUAUGGGGAAACUACAGUACCAAGGUAGAGGAGGAGGAGGAGGGAGAAACUAGAGGCUGAUAUGGGGAAACUACAGUACCAAGGUAGAGGAGGAGGAGGGGAGAAACUAGAGGCUGAUAUGGGGAAACUACAGUACCAAGGUAGAGGAGGAGGAGGAGGGAGAAACUAGAGGCUGAUAUGGGGAAACUACAGUACCAAGGUAGAGGAGGAGGGAGGGAGAAACUAGAGGCUGAUAUGGGGAAACUACAGUACCAAGGUAGAGGAGGAGGAGGAGGGAGAAACUAGAGGCUGAUAUGGGGGAAACUACAGUACCAAGGUAGAGGAGGAGGAGGAGGGAGAAACUAGAGGCUGAUAUGGGGAAACUACAGUACCAAGGUAGAGGAGGAGGGGGGAGAAACUAGAGGCUGAUAUGGGGAAACUACAGUACCCAAGGUAGAGGAGGAGGAGGAGGGAGAAACUAGAGGCUGAUAUGGGGAAACUACAGUACCAAGGUAGAGGAGGAGGAGGAGGGAGAAACUAGAGGCUGAUAUGGGGAAACUACAGUACCAAGGUAGAGGAGGAGGGAGAAACUAGAGGCUGAUAUGGGGAAACUACAGUACCAAGGUAGAGGAGGAGGAGGAGGGAGAAACUAGAGGCUGAUAUGGGGAAACUACAGUACCAAGGUAGAGGAGGGGAGGGAGAAACUAGAGGCUGAUAUGGGGAAACUACAGUACCAAGGUAGAGGAGGAGGGAGAAAACUAGAGCUGAUUAUGGGGAAAUACAGUACCAGUAGGAGAGGAGAAACUAGGGCUGAUAUGGGGAAACUACAGUACCAGGUAGAGGAGGAGGAGGGGGGAGAAACUAGAGGGCUGAUAUGGGGAAACUACAGUACAAGGUAGAGGAGGAGGAGGGAGAAACUAGAGGCUGAUAUGGGAAAACUACAGUACCCAAGGUAGAGGAGGAGGAGGGAGAAACUAGAGGCUGAUAUGGGGAAACUACAGUACCAAGGUAGAGGAGGAGGGAGAAACUAGAGGCUGAUAUGGGGAAACUAUAGUACCAAGGUAGAGGAGGAGGAGGGGGGGAGGAGCAAUACCCAAACAAGAGAUGAAAGAGUAACAGUUUGCUGAUUCUUUCACAAAGGAAACUGUCAAGAUGGGACAAUAUCAGAUGUUUUGUUGUUUUAAUUGGAGUUGUACCUGCUGGACGCUUUACAACAAUAAUUAGGGAUUCAAAUGUUGAGCCUUGUGCUGACGUCUGAUGUGUUGUUUAUCAGAUGGGAAGGAGGAGAGUCUUCUGGACAGGAAGAGACAGCUGAACCGUGAGGUCACCACCCUCAGAAAUACCUACGAGAGUCUGAUGGCCCGCUUCCCUAACCUACGCUUCGACUACAAGUACGCCGUGUCUGUUAGUCAUUUAGCAGACACUCUUAUUCAGAGAGACGUACAGUUAGUGCAUUCAUCUUCAGAUAGCUAGGUGGGACCACCACAUAUCUCAGUUAGGGCAUUCAUCUUCAGAUAGCUAGGUGGGACAACCACAUAUCUCAGUUAGUGCAUUCAUCUUCAGAUAGCUAGGUGGGACCACCACAUAUCUCAGUUAGUGCAUUCAUCUUCAGAUAGCUAGGUGGGACAACCACAUAUCUCAGUUAGUGCAUUCAUCUUCAGAUAGCUAGGUGGGACCACCACAUAUCUCAGUUAGUGCAUUCAUCUUCAGAUAGCUAGGUGGGACAACCACACAUCUCAGUUAGUGCAUUCAUCUUCAGAUAGCUAGGUGGGACAACCACAUAUCUCAGUUAGGGCAUUCAUCUUCAGAUAGCUAGGUGGGACAACCACACAUCUCAGUUAGUGCAUUCAUCUUCAGAUAGCUAGGUGGGACCACCACAUAUCUCAGUUAGUGCAUUCAUCUUCAGAUAGCUAGGUGGGACAACCACACAUCUCAGUUAGUGCAUUCAUCUUCAGAUAGCUAGGUGGGACAACCACAUAUCACAGUCAUAGUAAGUACAUGUUUCCUCUAAAGUAGUUAUCAGCUCCGUGCUAGUAGGAAAAGAUAAGUACAGGUAUUUAAUUUGUAUGUUUCUCUCUCUCUCUGUCUCUCUCUGUAUCUCUCUCUGUCUCUCUCUGUAUCUCUCUGUAUCUCUCUCUGUCUCUCUCUGUAACUAUCUCUGUCUCUCUCUGUCUCUCUCUGUAUCUCUCUUUGUCUCUCUCUGUAUCUCUCUCUGUCUCUCUGUAUCUCUCUCUGUCUCUCUUCUGUGUCUCUCUCUGUCUCUCUCUGUAUCUCUCUCUGUAUCUCUCUCUGUUAUCUCUCUGUCUUCUCUCUGUCUCUCGCUGGAUCUCUUCUGUAUCUAUCUCUGUCUGCACUGUUCUAUUCUCUGUCUCUAUGUAUCUCUCUGUUAUCUCUCUCGGUCUCUCUGUAUCUCUCUCUGUCUCUCUCUUGUCUCUCUUGUAUACUCUCUCUGUUCUUCUCUCUGUAUCUCUCUCUGUCUAUCUCGGUCUCUUCUGUAUAUCUCUCUGUCUCUCUCUGUCUCUCUCUGUAUCUCUCUUCUGUCUCCUCUGUCCUUCUGUCUCUCUUCUGUAUCUAUUCUGUUGUUUAUCUCUCUCUGUACUCUCUCGUAUCUUUUCGCUGAUCUCUCUCUGUCCUUCUGUCUGCUCUCUGUCUGGGACAACCAACAUAUCACAUCAUAGUAAGUACAUGUUUCUCCUAAAGUAGUUGUUAUCAGCUCCGUGCUAGUAGGAAAAGAUAAGUACAGGUAUUAAUUUGUAUGUUUCUCUCUCUCGCUGUCUCUCUCUGUAUCUCUCUCUGUAUCUCUCUGGUCUCUCUGUAUCUCUCUCUGUGCUCUCUCGUAUCUUCUCUGUUCUCUCGUAUCUCUCUCUGAUCUCUCGGUAUCUAUCUCUGUCUCUCUGUAAUCUCGCUCUGUAUUCUAUGGUAUCUCUCUCGUCUCUCUCUGUAUCUCUCUCUGUAUCUCUCUCUGUCCUUCUGUAUCUAUCUCUGUACCUCUGUAACUCUCUGUCUCUCUCUGUAUCUCUCCUCUGUCUUCUCUGGAUUUUUCUCUCUCUUGUUCUCUUUUUAUCUCUCUCUGUCUCUAUGUAGCUCUCUCUCUCUCCUGUCUCUCGCUGUAUCUCUCGGGUUCUCUCUUAUUCUCUCUGUAUCGCUUCUGUCUCUCUCUGUCGUCUCUGUUAAUCUCUCUCUGUCUCUCUCUGUCUUCCUCUGACUCUCGUCUCUCUCUGUAUCAUCUCUGCUCCUCGUAAUCUCUCUCUGUCUCUCUACUGUAUCUAUCUCUGUCUCUCCUUCUUGUAUCUCUCUCUGGUGUCUAUCUCUCUGUAUCUCUCUCUGUCAUCUCUCUGUAUAUCUUAUGUAGCUAUCUAUGUUCUCUCUCUGUAUCUCUUCUGGUCAUCUCUCUGUAAUCUCGCUCUGCUCUCUCUGUAUCUCUCUCUGUCUCUAUCUGUAUCUCUCUCUGUCUCUUCUCUGUAUCUCUCUCUGUCCUACUCUAUGUCUACUAUGUAAUCUCUCUCUGUCGCUCUCUCUGUCUCUCUCUGUCUCUCCACUCUCUCUCUCUCUCUCUCUCUGAUAACUCUCUCUUCUCUCUAUCCUCUGUCUCUCUCUGUCUCUAUUUCCCUUCCCCAGAGGGACCCCAGAGAGUGGAGUGCUGGUCGGGACCGUUUAUAGCAGAGUAAAGGGGACUCCUAGCUAACCUGAAACAGUCCGUGAUGUGUCCUUACUUACUGAGACUAGAGGUGGUGGCUGGGGCAAACUCACAGUAGUGGUGGACACUGAGGUUAGUGUCCAACAGGUCUCUGGAAUCCAUCACUGCAGAAAGACUUGAGUAUUAAGGCUAACCGUGAGGGCUUUCACUGGAAGAGAGAAGAUUGUGUUUGUCAUGGACAAUUAGUUUCUUGGUCAGGAGCCUUGUAGUUCCUGGUUCUGUACUGGAAUGUUGAACGGAGGAGAGGCUAGCUCCAUAACUCUCUGUAUCUCUCUGUGGGUCUCUCUCUCUGUGUGUCUCUCUCUCUGUGUGUGUGUCUCUAUCUAUCUCUUCUUGGUGUGUCUCCCUCUCUCUCUCUAUCUCUCUCUCUCUUCUGUGUUUGUGUCUCUCCCUCUUCUGUGUGUGUUUGGGUCUCUCUCUCUCUCUGUGUGGGUCUCUUCUCUCUCUCUCUCUGGUGUGUCUCUCUCUCUCUCUCUCUGUGUGUUUUUGUCUCUCUCUCUCUCUCUCUAUGUUUGCCUCUCUCUGGUCUCUCUCUCUUCCCCCUCUCGCUCUCUGUGUCUCUCUCUGUUGUCUCUCUCUGUUCUCUCUGUCUCUGUGUUGUUGUUUUGGUUGUCUCUCUUGUCUCCUCUCUCUCUCUCUCUCUGUGUGUGUGGCUCUCUUGUCUCUCUCUCUCUCUCUCUCUGUUGUGUUGUAUCUCGCUCUCUCUCUCUGUCUUCUCUUUCGCUGGUGUGUGUGUUGGGGUUCUCUCUAGGUGACAGGGGUAAGGUAUAAGAAGUUGUUAGAGAAAAGGAGAGCUGAAGGUAGAUACACCAUCAUCCCUCUCAACAGAUCUUGCCAGGAACCUAAUGACAGUGUGGUCAAACGCCAAGAGGAUGGUGAGAUAUAACAUACACUGAGACAGAAGACAUACCCCUCCCACCCACCCCCCCACCCCUGAAAAAAAGACAAACCAAAAAAACAAAAAAAAAAAAAGCGAAACAAAGAAAAACAAAAAAAAAAAAAAAAACAAUACGGAAAAAAAGAAAAAAAAAAACGGAAAAAAUAAAAAAAAAAAAUAAAAAAAAACAAAAAGGAAAAAAAAAAAAAAAAAAAAACAGGAAAAAAAACAAAAAAAAAAAAAAAAAAAAAAAAAAAAGGAAAAAAAAACAAAAAAAAAAAACAAAAGGCGAAGAAACAAAAAAAAAAAAAAAAAGAAAAAACCAACCUACACCCCUACCACAAACCCCCCAACCUUACACCCUCACACCCACCCACACCUAAGUAACCACCCCCCCACCCAACCCAACCCUUUACACCCCUCCCACACACACACCCACCACACCUUACACCCUCCCACACUCCACCAGAUCUCUGCCAGACUUUCUCGCAGACUUCUCAAUACCAACUUUGGUGGUUUGGUUACGAAGCCCCCCUCCCUCUCCUCCCUCCAUCUCCAGGUAGGGGAGAGAAUGGAGGGAGGAGGGAGAAAAACGUCCAUAAGCUCUGCUCUGGUUGGAUAUGAGGCAGACCUGAGGAAGGACAUGGAGGAGUCUGUGUUUGGUUCUACGUUGGUAUGUGACAAUUGGAACAACGCAAGCAGGGGCUUAGACAAGAGAGUCAUGACCCAAAACUGUUACUCUGGGGGGGAGGGGGAGACGUCUUCGAUCCUCAGGGGGACACUGAGCGGAGGUGAGGCACAACGGACUGAAACACCUCUAGAUAUGAUAGGAUGAUGAUGAUGACCGUCGCUGCUGCUUCAUUUAUCUCCUCCUCUCCUCUCCUCUCCUCUCCGCUCGUCUCUCCACUCUCUAGGAGUCAGUCUGUCUCUGUGUUGUCCAGUCUUAUGGUUGUGUGUCUCUCUCCCUCUGGGUCAGUCUGUCUCUGUGUUGCCAGUUAAGGUUUGUGGGUCUCUCUCUCUCUCUAGGAGUUAGUCUGUCUCUGUGUUGUCCAGUCUUAAGGUUGUGUCUCUCUCCCUCUAGGAGUCAGUCUGUCUCUGUGUUGUCCAGUCUUAUGGUUGUGUGUCUCUCUCUCUCUCUCUAGGAGUCAGUCUGUCGCUGUGUUGUCCAGUCUUAAGGUUGUGUGUCUCUCUCUCUCUAGGAGUCAGUCUGUCUCUGUGUUGUCCAGUCUUAAGGUUGUGUGUCUCUCUCUCUAGGAGUCAGUCUGUCUCUGUGUUGUCCAGUCUUAAGGUUGUGUGUCUCUCUCCCUCUAGGAGUCUGUCUCUCUAUGUGUUGUUCCAGGCUUAAGGUGUGUGUCUCUCUCUCUAGGAGUCAGUUCUGUCUAGUGUGUUGUCCAGUCAGUAUAAGGUUGUGUGUCUCCUCCUCUAGGAGUCCAUGUCUGUCUCUGUGUUGUCCAGUCCUUAAGGUUGUGUGUUGUCCUCUCUCUCUAGGAGUCAGUCCUGUCUCUGGUUGUCCAGUCUUUAAGGUGUGUGUCUCCUCUCUCGAGUCAGUAUGUCUCGGUUGUCAGGUUCUUAAUUUUUGCCCUGUGUCUCUCCCUCUAGGAGUCAGUCUGUCUCUGUGUUGUCCAGUCUUAAGGUUGUGUGUCUCUCUCUAGGAGUCAGUCUGUGUUGUCCAGUCUUAUGGUUGUGUGUCUCUCUCCCUCUAGGAGUCAGUCUGUCUCUGUGUUGUCCAGUCUUAAGGUUGUGGUCUCUCUCUCUCUAGGAGUCAGUCUGUCUCUGUGUUGUCCAGUCUUAAGGUUGUGUGUCUCUCCCUCUAGGAGUCAGUCUGUCUCUGUGUUGUCCAGUCUUAAGGUUGUGUGUAUCUCUCUAGGAGUCAGUCUGUGUUGUCCAGUCUUAUGGUUGUGUGUCUCCCUCCCUCUAGGAGUCAGUCUGUCUCUGUGUUGUCCAGUCUUAAGGUUGUGUCUCUCUCUCUCCCUAGGAGUCAGUCUGUCUCUGUGUUGUCCAGUCUUAUGGUUGUGUGUCUCUCUCCCUCUAGGAGUCAGUCUGUCUCUGUGUUGUCCAGUCUUAAGGUUGUGUGUCUCUCUCUCUCUCUAGGAGUUAGUCUGUCUCUGGUGUCCAGUCUUAAGGUUGUGUGUCUAAUCUCCCUCAGGAGUCAAGUUGUCUCUGUGUUGUCCGUCUUAAGGUUGUGUGUCUCUCUCCCUAUAGGAAGUCAAGUCUGUCUUGUGUUGCCAGUCUUAAGGUUGUGUGUUCUCUCUCCGGCGUCAGUCUGUCUCUGUGUGUCAGUCUUAAAGGUUGUGUGUCUUCUCUCUAGGAGUCAGUCUGUCUCUGUGUGUCCAGUCCUUAGGUUGGGUUUCUCUCUCCCUAUAGGAGUCGUCUGGCUCUGUGUUGUUCCAGUAUUAAGGUUGUGUGUCUCCCUCGCUAGGCGUCAGUCUGAUUGUGUUGUCCGUUCUUAAGGGUGGGGUUCUCUCUCUUCUCUAGGAGUCAGUCUGUUCUUGUGUGGUCCAGUCUUUGGUUUGUUGUCAGGCUCUCUCUUUCUAGGAGUCAGUCUGUCCGUGUUUGUCAAUUCUUAGGUUGUGUUCUCUCCCUCUAGGAGUCAGUCUGUCUCUGAUGUGUCCAGUCUUAAGGUGUUGUUGUCUCUCUCCCUCUAGGAGUCAGUCUGUCUCUGUGUUGUCCAGUACUUAAGGUUGUGGGUCUCUCUAUAGGAGUCAGUAUGUCUCUGUGUUGUACAGUCGUAGGUUGUGUGUCUACUCUCUCUAGGAGUCAGUCAGUCUUGUGUUUUUUUUGUGUUCUUUUUUGUUUUUUUUAAUUUUUUUUUUUUUUUUUUUUUUGUCCCAGUCUUAAGGGUUGUGUGUCUCUCUCCCUCUAGGAGUCAGUCUUCUGUCUCUGUGUGUCCAGUUCUUAAGGUUUGGUGUCUCCUCUCUGGAUCAGUCUGUGUGUCAGUCUUAUGGUUGUGUGUCUUCUCACUCUAGGAGUCAAGUCUGUUAUCUGUGUUGUCCAGUCUUAAGGUUGUGUGUCUCUUCUUCUCAGGAGUCAGUCUGUCCUGUGUUGUCAAGUCUUUAAGUUUGUGUGUCUCUCUCUCUCUAGGAGUCCGUCUGCCUGUGUUGUUCCGUCGUAAGGUUGUGUGUCUCUAUCUUAGGAGUAGUCUGUCUCUGUGUUGUCCAAGCUUAUGGCUGUGUGUCUCCCUCCCUCUGGAGGUAAGUCUGUCUCUGUGUUGUCCAGGCUUAAGGUUUUGUGUGUCUCUCUCUCUCUAGAGUCAGUCUGUCUCGGAUGUUGUCCAAGUCUUAAGGUUGUGUGUCUCCACUCCCUCUAGGAGUCAGUCUGUCUCGUGUUGUCCAUUCUUAAGGUUGUGUUAUCUCGCUCCUCUAGGAGUCGUCUGUCUCUGUGUUGUCCAGUCUAAGGUGUGUCUUUCUCCCUCAAGGAGUCAGUCGUCUCGGUGUUGCAGGCUUAGUAUUAUGGUUGGGGUCUCUCUAUAGGAGUCAGUCUGUCUCUUGUUGUCCAGUCUCAGGUUGUGUGUCUCUCUCUCUAUAGGAGUCAGUCUGUCUCUGUGUUGUCCCAGUCUUAGUGUUGUAUCUCUCUCUCUCUCCUCUAGGAGUCAGUCGUCUCUGUGUUGUCAGUCGUAAGGUUGUGUGUCUCCCUCCACUAGGAGGUCCAGUCUGUCUCUGUGUGGUCCAGUCUUAAGGUUGUUGUUGUCUCUCGCUCUCUCUCUGGAGUCGUCUGUCUUGUGUUGCCAGUCUGAAGGUGUGGUCUUCUCUCCCUCUAGGAGUCAGCUUCUCUGUGUUGUACAGUCUUAAGGUUGUGUCUCCCCUCUAGGAGUCGUCUGUCCUCUGUGUUGUCGUCUUAAGGUUCGUGUCUCUCUCCUUAGGAGUCAGUCUGUCUCUGUGUUGUCCAGUCUUAAGGUUGUGUGUCUCUCUCUCUAGGAGUCAGUCAGUCUGUGUUGUCCAGUCUUAAGGUUGUGUCUCUCUCUCCCUCUAGGAGUCAGUCUGUCUCUGUGUUGUCCAGUCUUAAGGUUGUGUCUCUCUCUCCCUCUAGGAGUCAGUCUGUCUCUGUGUUGUCCAGUCUUAAGGUUGUGUGUCUCUCUCUCUCUAGGAGUCAGUGCAGUCGUUGUUGUCAGUCUUAUUGUGUCUCUACUCCCUCUAGGAGUCAGUCUGUUCUCUGGUGUUGUCCAGUCUUAAGGUUUGUGUGUGUCUCUCUCUCUAGGAGUCAGUCUGUCUCUGUGUUGUCCAGUGUUAAGGUUGUGUGUCUCUCUCCCUCUAGGAGUCAGUCUGUCUCUGUGUUGUCCAGUCUUAUGGUUGUGUGUCUCUCUCUCCCUCUAGGAGUCAGUAUGUCUCUGUGUUGUCCAGUCUUAAGGUUGUGUGUCUCUCCCUCUAGGAGUAAGCUGUCUCUGUGUUGUCCAGUCCUUAAAGUUGUGUUGUCUCUCUCCCUUAGGAGUCAGGCUGUCUCUGUGUUGCCCGUCUUAAGGUUGUGUGUCUCUCUCUCUCUCUAGGAGUCAGUCUGUCUCUGUGUUGUCCAGUCUUAAGGUUGUGUGUCUCUCUCUCUCUGUAGGAGUCAGUCUGUCUCUGUGUUGUCCAGUCUUAGGUUGUGUGUCUCUCUCUAGGAGUCAGUCUGUGUUGUCCAGUCUUAUGGUUGUGUGUCUCUCUCCCUCUAGGAGUCAGUCUGUCUCUGUGUUGUCCAGUCUUAAGGUUGUGUGUCUCUCUCUCUCUAGGAGUCAGUCUGUCUCUGUGUUGUCCAGUAUAAGUUGGUGUCUCUCCUAGGAGUCAGUAUGUGUUGUCAGUCUUAUGGUUGGGUUCUCCCUCCCUAGGAAGUCAGUCUUUUGUCUCUGUGUUGUACAGUAUUAAGGGGCUGUCUAUCUCUCUCUAGAGUCAGGUAUGUUAUCUGUGUUUGUUACAGCUUAAGGUUGUGUGUCUAAAUCCAAUCUAGGAGUAAGAUGUAUCGUGUUUGUAAAGGUCUUAAGGUUGUUGUGUCUCUCUCUCUCUAGAAGGUAGUCUUUGUCUCUGUGUGUUAAGUCUUAAGGUUGUGUCUUUCUCCUCUAGGAGUCAGUCUGUUCUAUGUGUUGCCAGUCUUAUGGUUGGUGUGUCUCUCCCUCUAGGAGUCAGUCCAGUCUGUGUUGGCCAGUCUUUAAGGUGGUUGCGUCUCUCUCUCUCUGGAGUCAGUCUGUUCUUGGUUGUCCAGUCUUAAGGUGUGUGUCUCUCUCUCUCUAUCUAGGGUCAGUAUUGUCUCUGUGUGGUAAAGUCUGAAGGGUUUGUGUGUCUCCCUCACAUCUAGGAGUUCAGUAUGUCUCUGUGUUUGUCCAGUCGUAAGGUUGUGUCUAUCUAUCUCUCUAGGAGUCAGUCUGGUCCUCUGUGUUGUCCAAGUCUUAAGGUUGUGUUGUGUCUCUCUUCUCCUUAGGAGUCCAGUUGUUCUCUGUGUUGUCCAGUUCUUAAGGUUGUGUGUCUCUCCAUCUAGGAGUCAGUCUGGUCUAUGUGUUGGUCCAGUCUUAAGGUUGUGUCUCUCUCCUAUAGGAGUCAGUCUGGCUCUGUGUUGCCAGUCUUUGGUUGUGUGUAUCUCUCUCUCUAGGAGUCAGUCAGGCUCUGUGUUGUCCAGUCUUAAGGUUGUGUGUCUCUCCCUCUAGGAGUCAGUCUGUCUCUGUGUUGUCCAGUCUUAAGGUUGUGUGUCUCUCUCUCUCUAGGAGUCAGUCUGUCUCUGUGUUGUCCAAUUAUUAAGGUUUGUGUAUCUCUCUCCCUCUGGAGUCAGUCAUGUAUCUGUGUAUGUCCAGUCUUAAGUUGUGUGUAUCUCCCCCUCAGGAGUCAGUCGUCUCGUGUGUCCAGUUCUUAUGGUUUGUUGUUGUAUCUUCUCCCUCUAGGAGUCCAGUCUGUCUCUGUGUUGUCCAGUCUUAAGGUUGUUGUUGUAUCUAGCCCUCUCGGAGUCAGUUCUGGCUAUGUGUUGUCCAGUCUAGGUUGUUUUGUCUCUCUCUCUCUCUAGGAGUCAGUCUGUCUCUGUGUUGUCCAGUCUUAAGGUUGUGUGUCUCUCCUCUCUCUAGGAGUCAGUCUGUCUCUGUGUUGUCCAGUCUUAAGGUUGUGUGUCUCUCUCUCUCUGUAGGAGUCAGUCUGUCUCUGUGUUGUCCAGUCUUAAGGUUGUGUGUCUCUCUCCCUCUAGGAGACAGUCUGUGUUGUCCAGUCUUAAGGUUGUGUGUCUCUCUCUCUCUCUAGGAGUUCAGUCUCUCUGUGUUGUCCAAGUCUUAAGGGGUUGGUUGUUGUCUCUCUCCUCUCUCUCUCUGGAGUCAUCAGUCGUCUCUGUGUUGUCCAGUUUAAGGUGUGUUUUGUCUCUCUCUCUCUAGGCAAGGAGGUCAGUUGUUCUGUGUUGUCCAGUCUUAAGGUUGUUGUGUCUCUCCCCUCUAGGAGUCUGUCUUCUGUGUUGUCCAGUCUUAAGGUGUGUGUGUGUCUAUCUCUCUAGGAGUCGUCGGCUCUGUGUUGUCCACAGUCUUAAGGUUGGGUGUCUCUCACCUCUAGGAAGUCUGUCUCUCUGGUUGAUCCAGGUUUAAGGUUGUGGUCUCUCUCUCUAGGAGUGCCACAGUCUGCUCGUGUGUACAGUCUUAAGGUUGUUGUCUCUCUCUCUAGGAGUCAGUCUGUCUCUGUUUGUACCAGUCUUAGGUGGUUGUUUGUUACUCUAGAUCACUUAGAGUCUUUGUCUCGCGGGGUUUUGGCAAGUAUUAGAGGUUGUUGUGUCUCUCUCUCUAGAGCCCAGUCUGUCUCUGUGUUGUCCAGUCUUAAGGUUGUGUCUCUCUCUCUCUAGGAGUCAGUCGGGGAGAGGGGGGGUAGGAAGGAUAGAGUGGAGUGGGUGUAGAAAAGGCUAAGGGCGAGAGAAGGGACGGGGUAGUGUACUGGCAUAAAUGAGGAGACGGGAACAAUGUGAAGACACAGAAGGGGGAGGAAAGGAUAAAAAGGAGCGGAGAGAGGUGAAGGGACACGAUGGAAGGAACAGAGAACAGGGAAAGAUAAGAUAAUUAAGCGAAAGAAUCUGGGGUGGGAAAAAAAGAAAUGUCUGGUCGGAAGGGGGACCGCUGGCUGUGAAGGUGGGGACCUGAAACAUUUACUACGCAGAUUUGGAGUGUAAGCUAAAUAAUAUGUAGUACAAUUGAUAUAGAGGAUUAAUCUACUAGAGAAAGAGCGAGAAAAAGAAGAGAAGAGAGAAAAAAAAGAAAGAAGAGAGAGGCCACACAACCCUACCUCCCUCUACCCACCCCCUCCUCCUCCUCUCUCCCCCCCCUCCCUCCUCUCUCUCUCUCUAGGUAUCGUUUGUUAAAGCAACAGUUAGACAUGAAGACAGAAGAGUUAGAUAUUCUCCAGGCUAAACUCCAACAGAGCUCCUUCCAUAAGCAACAGGAGGAGCUGGAGAUGCUGCGCAGGACCAUCGGUGAGUCCACGUACAACAUUUUCAUAGAGCAACAUAUUUCGUAAGAUGGGACAGGCCUUGAACCAAAGAGUUUGGAACUAUUUACUUUCAAUUCUCAUCACCUUCUUGUCAUGGACAUCGACAGGUGGUUUUCCCACCGCAUGUUUUAAAUGAUUUAAACGAUGUAUUGUUUUGCACAUUCCACGUGUUUAGUGGGCAGGAAAUAUGAUAACUUGGCAACUUAAACGUUUGUUUUCAGUGCACUUUGAAACAUUGUACUUUGUUAAACGCUAGAUCAGGGUUCUUCAAUUCCGGUCCUGGAGGGCCGAAACACACUUCUGUUUUUUACUUCUACCUGGUAGUUAAUUGCACUCACCUGGUGUCCCAGGUCUGAAUUAGCCCCUGAUUAGAAGGAGAGGAUGAAAAACAGAGGUGUUUCGGCCCUCCAGGACCGGAAUUGAAGAACCCUGCUCUAUAGACAUUGGAAAGGAGCGUCAAGCUCAUCACCUUUCACUUUCACCACCCUGUGAUGUUCAUCUUAACUUAUCUCUAAUGAACUGCAUGCUUUCCCGAGUCGUAGUGGAAGGGAGCACACUCCAUGUCAUAGCGUGACUCCAUGUUUAGUUUGAUAUGAUGGUUAUUAUGUUUAUUUAUUAGCCUGGAUCAAUAUUUGCACACACAUGCGUUUCCAACUCCAUUUCUUGCAUAAUUAAUUUUACCAACACAAAAAGAUCCCACCAUGUCGAUACGAACAAAUUAUCUGUCGGCAUUUAGAAAACUGUACCGAAACUUCCUGUUUCCAUCACAGCUGUCGUGAUUUUUUUUAAAAUACGGUAUGACUUUACUCGCAUAAAAACUGUGGCUGAAAACGUGUGUGUGUGUGUGUGUCUGUCUGUGUGUGUGUGUCUGUGUGUGUGUGUGUGUGUCUGUGUGUGUGUGUGUCUGUGUGUGUGUGUCUGUGUGUGUGUGUGUCUGUGUGUGUGUGUGUGUGUGUGUGUGUCUGUCUAUCUGUGUGUCUGUGUGUGUGUGUGUGUGUGUGUCUGUCUAUCUGUCUGUCUGUGUGUGUCUGUGUGUGUCUGUGUGUGUCUGUGUGUGUGUGUGUCUGUCUGUGUGUGUGUGUGUGUGUGUGUGUGUGUCUCAGAGGAGUGUGAGGAGACCCUGCGCAGCAGUAAGGAGGUCCAGAAGAAGGCAGAGGAGAAGUACAAGGUAAGAUCACAUCAUGACUUAUUAUCCCCAUGGGUCAUAUCUGGACCUACCCGUGGUCUUCAUUCAGGAUCACGUCAUGGGUCAUAUCUGGACCUACCCGGGGUCUUCAUUCAGGAUCACAUCAUGACUUAUUAUCCCCAUGGGUAAUAUCUGGACCUACCCGGGGUCUUCAUUCAGGAUCACGUCGUGACUUUAAUGUCAUGGGUCAUAUCUGGAAAUCCUCCAACUAGGAUUUUUUGGAAAAGCUACCAGAAUUUUGAACUCUACCCUGGGAUAAUAUAUGCCAUUUAGCAUUUAGCAUUUUUUUUACAGGGUUUAAUUCGGGUUAAGUACCUUGCUCAAGGGCACAUCGACAGAUUUUAUUUUACCUUGUUGGCUCGGGUAUUUGAACCGGCGUCCUUUCGGUUAUUUGCCCAAUGCUCUUAAGCACUAGGCUACCUGGCGCCCAUAUAAAGCUACUUUUAGUCAUCCGUUCAUAGAUUCUUUUUUUACAUAUGGAUGGUCUCGGGAACGGAACCCACUAUCCUGGCUUUGUUGAUAUUGUGUUGUUAAACCUUGACUUGACCACCAGGUGUUGGAGAACAAGAUGAAGAAUGCGGAGGCGGAGAGAGAGAAGGAACUGAAAGCUGCUCAACAGAAACUAAACUCCGCUAAAACCAAGGCUGAUGCGUUCAGUAAGAAACUCAAGGAGAGACAACAGGUGGAGUCAGACGUUCACUCUCUCACGCAUACAUAAACACAUUUUGAAUUCUGUGCCAACUGGCCCCCAAAACCAAAGACACCAGCACAGUAACCUGGUUACAUUAUCCCAGCAAUAACCUGGUUUCGUUAUUCCAGCAAUAACCUGGUUUCGUUAUCCCAGCAAUAACCUGGUUUCGUUAUUCCAGCAAUAACCUGGUUACAUUAUCCCAGCAAUAACCUGGUUUCGUUAUUCCAGCAAUAACCUGGUUACAUUAUCCCAGCAAUAACCUGGUUUCGUUAUUCCAGCAAUAACCUGGUUACAUUAUCCCAGCAAUAACCUGGUUUCGUUAUUCCAGCAAUAACCUGGUUACAUUAUCCCAGCAAUAACCUGGUUACAUUAUCCCAGAAAUAACCUGGUUACAUUAUCCCAGCAAUAACCUGGUUACAUUAUCCCAGCAAUAACCCGGUUACAUUAUCCCAGCAAUAACCCGGUUACAUUAUCCCAGCAAUAACCCGGUACAUUAUCCCAGCAAUAACCCGGUUACAUUAUCCCAGCAAUAACCCGGUUACGUUAUCCCAGCAAUAACCCGGUUACAUUAUCCCAUGACAAAACAGUAUGGUUCACUUUCCCAAAAAUUUAACCCGGUUACAUUAUCCCCAGCAAUAACCCGGUUACUUAUCCAGCAUAUCCAGUUACGUUUGAUGUGCAUAACCGUGUGUGUGGUGUGGUGUUUAUAGGAGGCUGAGUCCCUGGUCCUAGAGUUGGAGGAGUUGAAGAGAGAGCAGGCUGGCUAUGAACAACAGAUACUGGCAGUACAUGAUAGCCAUGAAGUCUAUCCAGGAACAGAUAGACAACAUGUCUACCACCGUGGCACAGAACAAGGUUGGUCAUUUGUUACAUAACGUUAGACCAUGUGUAGUGCUGUGUUUGAAAUGUCCUUGAUGUAAUCAAUACCUGACCCUAUGUUUGACGUAUCAAUAGCCUGGCCCGAGUGUUUGACGUAAUCAAUAGCCUGACCCGAGUGUUUGACGUAAUCAAUAGCCUGGCCCGAGUGUUUGACGUAAUCAAUAGCCUGACCCGAGUGUUUGACGUAAUCAAUAGCCUGGCCCGAGUGUUUGACGUAAUCGAUAGCCUGACCCGAGUGUUUGACGUAAUCAAUAACCUGGCCCGAGUGUUUGACGUAAUCAAUAACCUGACCCGAGUGUUUGACUUAAUCAAUAGCCUGGCCCGAGUGUUUGACGUAAUCAAUAACCUGACCCGAGUGUUUGACUUAAUCAAUAGCCUGGCCCGAGUGUUUGACGUAAUCAAUAGCCUGACCCGAGUGUUGGUGUAAUCCCUCUCUCCCCUCCUCCCCCCUUCAUUCUCUCUCUCCUUCCUCAAUCUCCCUCCCUCCUUUCUCCUCCUCCCCUCCUCUCUCCAGGAGUCGGUGCGUAAAGCCCAGGAGGAGUUGACUAGACAGAAAGAGGUGAUCGUAGCUCAGGACAAAGAGAUCAAGGUAAGUUUGACUACAUUAUUAUCAAUAGUACUGAUGGUGUUAUUACCAUGUUGCUCAUUAUCAUUAUAAUAAUGUUGUCGUUGAAACCGUCUCGGAAACUCAGAACUAAAAUCCUUCAUAAUUGCAUCAGAUGCUGGAUUAAGUUCUGGUGGAGCUGUAGGAGAAAUAUACUAAGGAGAUGAAGUCUCCACCCCCCCCCCUAAACGGAAACUCUCUGCAAGUUGAUAGACCAGAUGUCCCCUCUCCUUCCCAAGUUCAAAAAGUGGGAGCACCUGCAAAGUCGUGAUUUGUCCAAAUGAUCAGUGAUGAAAAGUCUGUACCUGAAUAAAGUUCCUUGUUAGUGGACUCAUUAUGCACAUAGAAACAUAGGAAAAGGUGCCAACUCCAUGGCACACUAAAGAUAGUUUCAGAACCGCAGACAACGACCACUAUUACAACGCAGGAGAAAGUGCAUUUGUUAUAAAAUAAUAUUACCAUAUACUAUUUCAGUAGCACAUGCCUUAGAGUGAUGGACUGUGCCAUCCCCACGGCCUCCACAAUGGUUCAGUCCACUCAGACAGGAGCCAAUCAGACAGGUGUCCCCACGGCCUCCACAAUGGAUCAGUCCACUCAGACAGGAGCCAAUCAGACAGGUUGUCCCCACGGCCUCCACAAUGGAUCAGUCCACUCAGACAGGAGCCAAUCAGACGGGUGUCUUGUGCCCCAUAAUCUUUUUUAAAUACAUUUGCGACUGCUAAACUAAAUAAAUCUCUGUCAACCAACAGCCUAUUGACCAAACAAUCAACCGGUCGACUAAAUGGGAUCAGUCCUAGUUGUCACUCAACUAAUAAAGCCUAAUAUUGUGCAAGCCAUUUUACAAGCAUUUGAAUGCUGAAAGUGCGCGCAGAUGUGCAAGAGAAUAUGCCUUUACUGCUCGUUCAGCGUGCAAAACUAUUGAUCUUGUUGUUCGGCAUGAAAUGACUUCAAUGACUGUCAGCGCCGAUUCAUGCUCAGUCCGACACUGAAGGAGAGGACGCAUCGGUUGUCACAAAAGAUGAGAGGUGUUUUCAGAAGAUAGAAAGUAAUUUAUGCAAAAAAAAUGUUUGAACCAUUCUUAACGUUUUGAAUGGAUUUUCUGACCGGUGCGUGCUACAUAUGGAUCGGUUUGGGGUCCUGCGGACCAACUGUAUCUUAAACAUUUGAAUCGCAGGACCGAUGGGUAUUGGCGAAUUGUUACAUCCAUAGUAUCUACAACUGAAUUAAACGGUAUCCUACACCCAACAUUUUUUUAGAUUUUUUCCCCCCAGACCUCAAGUAGUCUCCUGAUGUGGUUUUAAACAUUGUUGUGGACUUAAAAGUGUGAUUUUGAGUGAAAACAUGAAGAACAAAAAACUGAAACCUGGAAAAACAAAAUGGAGGAAAUGUUCUAGGUCCCUAGAGACGCCACGAUACCAGUCGUUAUGUGCAUCUGUCCAUGAGAGAUUAUUGUAGCCUCUUAGCCAUUUUCUAAAAAUAUCUCAUUUCUACCAACUCUUAUGAGCUACUUUGACAAUAUAAUUUCAUGUUCCAUGCCAACAAAGCGUGUGUGUGGUGUCUGUGUGUGUGUGUGUAUUCCAGGGUAAGAGUACAGAAGCCAACCAUAUGAGAGAGAAAACCAAUGAGUCUCAGCUGAAGAUUAAAGAGUUGGAACACAACAUCAGUAAACACCGUAAAGACAGUCAGGACGCUGCUGCCAAGGUACAUUUUACUGAUCAACCCUUCUUUCUCAUCUCUUUAUUUUGUUCACAUUCUCUCCGUCUGUUUCUCUCUUUAAUGUCUCUUCAGAAGAGAUCACUAAAUCAGAGCAUGAAAUGGGAUCUAGUCUUCUGAGUGAGCUUCUUCCUUCUGUUAGGGGAACAUGAGAGAGAGAGGCAUGUUCUGCUAGCCAGACUAACAUCUCUCUCAUCCCUCUCUCUUACCCACCCCCCCCCACCCACCCCCCUUUUUUCCCCUUCCCCUCCACACCCCCCCCCCCCCAACACCCCCCCCCACCUUUAAACCCCCCCAAACCCCCAAACAUCCCCAAAAAACCCCCCCCCCCCCAAAAACCCACCCCCAAAAAAACCCCCCCCCCCCCAAAAAAAAAACCCCCAAAAAAAAACCCCCCCCCCCAAAAAAAAAAAACUCCCCCCCCCCCCCCCCCCCCCCCCCCCUUUCCAUUCUUUUCCCCCCCCUCCCCCCCUCUCUCUCCCUUCCCCCCCCCCCCCCCUUUUUUCUUUUCCCCCCCCUUUCCCCCCCCCUCCCCCCCCCCUGGCUCUCUCCCCCUCCCCCCCCUUCUCUCCUCCUCCCCCCCCCCCUCCCCCCCUCUUCUCCUCCCCCCUCCCCCCCCCCCUCUCUCUCCCCCCUCCCCCCCUCUCUCUCCCCCCUCCCCCCCCCUCCCCCCCCCUCCCCCCCCCUUUUUCUCUCCCCCUCCCCCCCCGCUCUCUCCCCCCCCUCCCCCCCCCCCCCCUCUCCCCCCCCCCCCCCCUCUCUCUCUCCCCCCCCUCCCCCCCCAACCCCUCUAAUCUCCCCCCCCCCCCUCUCUCUCCCCCCCACCCCCCCCCCUCUCCUCCUCCCCCCCCCCCUCCCCCCCCCUUUUUCCUCCCCCCCUUUUCUCUCCCCUCUCCCCCCCCUCCCUCUUCCCCCCCUCCCUCUCUCCUUCCCCCCCUCCUCUUUCCUCCCCUUCCCCCCUUUUAUUCUUUUGUUUAAACCCCCUUAACCCUCCCUUUCUCCCCCCCUCCGUUCUACCCCCCCCAAAGGGGGCCCCCCCUUUUUCCAAAGGCCCCCCAAACCCUUCCCAAAGGUUUGAUCUUUUUGUUGGGGAACUGGGGGAAGUGGAGAGGGGCCCCUUUCGGGAAAUAAGGGUUAAACUUUCAAUGAAACCCUAAAGGGAGGCGGGAGAGGUGGGGAAGGGGGGGGAGAAAAAGGGGUGGAGGGGGACUCUGUCAAAAAAGGAGCCUUUAACAGCUGGGGUUCAAGCGGGAGGAGGGGGUGAGGGGGGGAUGGAGGGGGGAGAGAGGGUGGAGGAAAUCUGUCCCAAAGGGGUGAACAUGGAGUCAACCCUGAGGGAGGGUUUGAGUAAGGGAGGGAGAGGGGAGGGUGGGGGAGGAUUGCCCAAAAAUGACCAUAAAAUGCUGAGUCAACUUAGAGGGGGUGAGGGAGGGAGGGAGGAAAAGGGGGUUUGGGGGAAAUAUCUGGUCAACAAGAGAGCCAUGAACUUCUGA